UCAGAUUCUGUUGAAAACAGUCCUCAACAAAGACUUCUUGGCGCGCUAUUAAAAAAUUAUGAUAGCGAUGCCCGUCCACUGUCAGCCAAAUCACAAGCUGUUACCGUAUCCUUUGGCGCGAAACUGGUCAGGAUCAUAGAACUGGUACGAAAAAGUUUUUAGCAAUCUCUUCUUGAGAUCGGCUAAAGUUCCAAGUAAUAUCCCCAUAACGCUUUGUCAUUUUGAAUCAACUUAUCUGAAAAGUGUUUUAUGGCUUGCAUUUAAAAGACGAAGUGAUUAAGACGGAAUCCAUCAGGAAAUUGAGUAAUUUCAAUUUCACUGACCAAAACCUUGUACCAGAAUAAUUUAAACAAUAUUGAUUCUUUUUUACAUUUUUCAAGGGCUAUAAAUAUAAUUAGUUAUCUGUAAUAACACCUAAGACUAUUUCUCAUAGGAGCCCGAGAAAAUAAAUGCCAAUUUCACAAGAAUGGUGAAAACACAGGUAGAAUUCUGAAAUUUUCAUGUGUAAGAUGUCAUUUGUGAAAUCUGACAUCUAUUUUCUCGCGCUGUCAUGAGAAAUUUUCUUUGGUGUUAUUACAGAUAACUAAUUACAUCUUUUGCCCAUGAAAAAUGUAAAAAAGAAUGCAAUAUUGUUUAAACUAUUCUGGUACAAGGUUUUUGUCCACUGAAAAUUAAAAUUACUCAAUUUGCUGAUGGAUUCCGUCCUAAUAAUUGUAAGACUUACAUGAUUUAAUCGCCUGAUUAUAGAAUGAACGAGGAAACACAAUUCGCUCUCAGUGGUCGAUCUACCAGGUAUGUUGAAGAAAAACUUUUGUAGCACAUUAAAUUUUCCGUUAGGGUUCCUUGGUUUUCUUUCCAUCAAAAAACCAAAACUUUUCCAAAUCCAAGCAGGAAAGGGAGUCGAGGGCUGUUAUUUCAUCAUCAUCAUCAUCAUCAUCAUCAUCAUCAUCAUCAUCAUCAUCAUCAACAUCAUCACCACCAUCAUUAGAACAAAAUGAUAACAUCCGUAAAAAUUAGCCGUUUAGGUUCUCAUUGUUCAUUUAUCGAAGGCAACGCAGCGUCAAAGAUAAAGAACGCGUAUCAAAGCGCGUGAAAAGGACUGAAUGCUGCUUCCGGUGCUCUAUUUGCUUCUCUGCCAUUGGUCAAUUCCCUGAUUUAGAGAUCUUCGCGCGCCGUCGUUACUUUGUCACGUUGUCUCUGCUUAAUCUAUUUUAUGCGUGUUAGCUUUACCAUCAUCAGAGUUUUUCUCAUUGUUACUAUUCAUGAUCUGAAGGAAAAGUUUUUCUUUUCUUUCCUAGGAAUGGUUGAAUUCCGACUUAGGCUGGAACGAGACAGAAUAUAACGUUAGCAGUGUACACGUGAGUCCUGCAAGGAUCUGGGUUCCAGAUAUAAUACUAUACAAUAAGUAAGCUUUUUGUGUGCAAAACAUUCUCAUUUUUGUGGCCAGCAUGCGCAGCUAGCUAUGCAGCUUUCUUAGAACAAAAGAAAGUUUUUUUUUCAAAGAGAAGGUUGCAAUUCCCAUAGAAAUUAUGGAUAAUUAUACGUUUCUGGGAAACUGCCCGCCUACCCAUCCCCUAGGCCAACAUCAACACUCACUUCUCACAUAUAAGGGCACAAUUUUGGCUUAAGGUAGGGGUAGGUGGGCGGUUUCCCAGAAAAGUUUAAUGAUUCGAAAUUAUUUAGUACACCAACUUGGCCGCCGCACCCUUCCCCCUCACAUUCUUCUCCUAUCUUCCCGCAUGAGAUUGAUGAAUUAUAAAGAUGAAGUUAGUUUUUACUUUGUCAGUACAUAAAAGGCGACCUUCUUUAUAGAUUAUAAACAAUAUUUGGAUGAGCUUUUUGUGAUAUCCGGAAUAAUCAAGGUUAAUUGACUGAAGCGUUAUCAGCCGAGCCAAAGGCCGCGGCUGAUAACAUUUUCCGAGACUUUGAUUAUUCAGGAUAUCAGAAAAACCGAAACUAAUAAUCCUUUUAUUUUAAAUAACACAGCAUCGCACUAAUCUGCUGCUUACGACCACCUCGGUUAUUACGGUCACUUUUUUUGGCCUGGCAAAACGGCCAUACAUUUUCUUGUGAAAAAACGCUCGUUAAUACGAUCACCCGUUAAUACCGCCACCGGCGUCAGAAAUUUCGAGCUGAGCUUGUUUUUGAACUGUUUUUAGACUAUAGUGACUUACAAUACAUUUGUGGAAGUCUAGUAGCCGAUUUUUACAAGUGUUUUAUGUUCUGAAGGAAAGUUUCAAGUAGCUUUUACCAAAUUUAGGGUACGCGAUACCUAUAUUCCUGUUGUUUAUUAAAGAGAACACAGUUGUACAAGACGUGCGAAUGCGAUGUAAGGUGUAUUUGUCAUUACGUUCAUUUUGUCAUGAAAUUUGACUCUGCCUCGGUGAUACGGCCAAAUUUUUUGUGGCCCAUUGGUGACCGUAAUAACGGGGACUGUACCUAAUCUUAAAGUUGCCAUGAUUUCCAAAAUAAACUGUAGGCUCUUAGCCAAUGAGAAGACAGAUAGUAAAUACAAUGUGUAAUAAUUAAACUUAACACAGUGUGCGGUUCGCUGACAGCGCGGAUGACAACGGUAAACUGGGAGGUGGAACGGAAAAGUAUAAGACCAAGAUUGUUAUUAACUCCAGCGGUUAUUGUAACUGGAUGGCACCUGCGAUCUUUCAGAGCUCCUGUGACGUAAACACAGAAUACUUUCCUUUCGACGAUCAGGUAAGUCAAGCGAUAAAAAAACUUAUCCUGGGUAUUGGUUAGAAAGGUUUUUAACAUGCGUUAUGAAAGAAACAAAAUGUUAUCUGCACUGGCCCAAACUGCAUUAUAUCAUAAGAGAACAUGAGAGGAAAGCGAAAGUGUGAAAAGACAACAAAAACAACAACAACAACAACAACAACAACAACGAAAACAGAAAAAAUGAAUGCAGCCAAAGGAGGCAGGAGGUAGGAGGCUUGGAACCGAGACGAAUUCUCCAGACAAGCUUAAAGGGUGACCUCACAUCUGAAUUCGGGUGACGACUGGGAACAAGAGCAUUAGGCUGUACUUAGCGCACAUGAAGCUACAUGAGUCAAGUGUAGUUCAUCUCUUGUUAUUUUCUAGUCCAACUCCAUGUUGUAACAAUUUAUUUCAUCCCGUUCAUGAGUUUGUUACAAAUGAGCUCUUUGCUCGCAACCUUGUCCCCAGGGCUUUUCCCUUAAAAAAACCGCCCCUUCCAUUUUUUUAAGGAAAAGCUCUGGGGACGAGGUUGCUCUGCUCGUCGAUCUAUGAGGAAAACGGCUUUCAAUAAAAAUGACCGAGACCAGGUUUUAUGAGCCCGCGAGACUGAGCACCCCACUCAAACCUUUACUAAACCGCUGGACGUCACAACCAGGUUGAGGUGGUCAUUGUUAUCUAAGGUCUUCCAUCUAUGAGGUGGUAAAUGUAGAUAUCUAAUAUAUAGUUGGCGCUGAACCUUUUUUGGCAAUGUUUCAUCUUAGACGGACAUGCUUAUAAAAAAAAAGAAAUCCGAACUAACCAUCCUUGUAAAGUACAUGUAUGACGUAUACAGUGGCCCAUACAACCAACACUGUUUUCUCUUUUUAUCGAAAACAGACACUACAAGGUUAGAAUACUUCCUUGGGGCGAUUUUUGUUUUUUUCAGAUUUGCUCACUCAGGUUUGGUUCAUGGGCGUUUGACGGAGGCGAGCUGGAUAUGGUGGUAGAUCACUCUGAGACAGGAGUAAAGAAAAACACUUAUCAAAACAAUACUGAGUGGGAAAUGAUGAAAGUUACAGUUGAAAGAAAAGAAGUGAGUAUAGGUCCAAGGGCUCUGCCUUACAAGUUACAAUUGUUACAAUGGUUAACCGAUUUUGGUACAAAGCGAAAGACCAGAGGUUUAAUUCCGGCCACAACUACACAACGUAAUACUGGAUGGCAUUAAUUUAUUGGUCAGAACCCAUGCCGUAGUGUAGCUUUUCUGAUCAAGCCAAGUCUGAACCUCUCAGUAAAAAAGAUUUACAAAAUCAGGAAUUGCCGGGCUCAGAGAUAGGCAGUACUGUGACUUAGACAAUGAUUGAUUAGCAGAUGACUCUCAGUUUACAAGAAUGAGCACCAGAAGCACUUAACUUGUUGUCUUUGUACCUUUAAACUCUUCCAAAGACGGCUGUCUAUAAAUUCCUUUUCGUUUUCGCGCAACGUCAGUUGCUCAUAUUGUUUAACAGUUUCAGUUAGAGUAAUGAUGUCAUAGUUUUAAGCAGUGAUGGAUUUUGAGCAAUAAAUCUCGGGAAAAGCAACAGGAUCGUGUGAUCUGAUUUGCAAAAAAAAAACCAUGCCCCUAGUUUCGCAAAUUCCAAGUAGCUUCUGUAUGACUGACUGUUUGCCCUUUUUUAACAGCAAUGGUACAGCUGCUGUAUCCACCCUUAUCCAAGCGUGGUCUUGUCGCUGCAUCUCAGAAGACGCUACUAUUUCUACAUGGUCAAUUUAGUGGUGCCCUGUUCUCUCAUCGCUUUGAUGGUCCUGCUCUCUUUUAUUUUACCGCCGGAGUCUGGGGAGAGAAUUGGCUUGGGUAUCACUGUGCUGAUGGCGAUGGCAAUUUUCCAGGAACUUACGUCAAAUAAACUUCCAGCCGACUCUAACUACAUUCCGUUGUUAGGUAAGGGACUGAGAUUAACAGCAGCAGGCCUGUCAAAAGAGGGAGUUUUAGAUGUCAAUACAGCGACGGCAACGAGAUCAUCAAAAGAGCAAUCGGUUUUUGUUAGCAAAACAAGUUUGCACGGGCAUCACGCUUUUUUGUACCUUUCUUUGCCGUCACUGCACGACUACGACGUGAAAAUGCCUAAUUUCACUUUUCAUCGACAACGUGAACAUACGACGACGAAUUUUCUUUCUCUCUAUAAACUUGAUAUAAGGAGAAUUCUUAAGUUGAGGUCCUUUCAAGCGGAUGUUACCUGUUUCACUUGUAAAACCCUAUUAGCGUGAAAUCAAAAAUUUCUUGCGCUUCAGUAAAAAAUUCACAGCAAAAGCGGCUCGACAAAGAUCGCUAGAAUCAACCUUGUCUUUAGGGCCUUUCCAGAAGCAAUCCGGAGGCCCUGAGUUCAUCAAUCCCUGUCCCAACUGCUAUCUGGUUUAAUGCAAUUGUGUUAUCCUCUGUUACAAAGUAACUCGGCUUUUAGUAGCAACAUACCAUAUACCAAAAGAGCGUUUUCACAUGACGUCACGGCGACCAUAUUGGUGUUCCAAAACAAUAAUACGGUGGCCAUGAUGGUGUUCCAAACUAAUCCUGUGGGAGUUGAUCUCUUUUCUUAUGUAAACACUUUUUCUUAUUGAAAACGCUUUAUAGCUUGCAAAUUCAGUGAUGAAGUUCGCUUUUGUUCGCAGCCUCGUUUUAAUGAGGCUGCAAAAUUGCAGAAUUUUCACUCUAUCAUUGAUUUUCGCUGUAUUAGACUGAAUUCUGUUUCUUUAUCUUACAGCCAAAUACUAUUCCACUGCUAUUACCGAGAUUGGUUUGGCUUUGUUCGCAACCUGUGUUAUUUUGAACUUUUACUACAAGCAAGACACCAUGCCUGACUGGCUAAAACUGUUUAUGUUUCGGAUUCUGGGACGUUUAGUCUUAAUAAAGUACGAAUUCAAAGCAAAAAAGGAGAAAAAAAGAAAUCGAAAAGAACUUCUCAUUGAAGAGAACUGUGAACUGUCCCAACUUACGGGAAGUCAGUACUCUGGGCCUUAUGAUGUGGGAAAAAUGAGCACGAUAAAUGAGAACAACUGCGAAGAAAAUGGUUCCUACACUGAACCUGAGCAGCGGCCGCCUGUACAACGCAAGCGCACAAGAACACGAAGUUUGAUUCGCGCGGAGACCCCACUUCUGAACGAUAGGGUGGCCAAUAGUCACCAUCAUGAGCAUUGCAUUCUCGAGCCAGAUCACGAGAAACAGGCCGAUGAACUUAACAAUAACCGCGCCGACUGGCAAAUGGCCGCGAAGAUCCUGGACCGACUGGUGCUAGUACUGGGGAUUCUGAUCAGUGCUGCAACCUUUCUGGCAAUAUUUUUGCAAGCACCAAGGGUGCGGACAAUUUUUUUUUGA